AUGUAUAUCAGGCCAAUUCCUCUGUAUUACAAAUAUCUCCUAACUUUCAUUUUCAUCAUUGAGGAAAUUAACAAAGAUCAGACAAUAUUACCCAAUGUUACUCUGGGAUAUCACAUAUAUGAUUCAUGUGCUCAAGAAAAGAAAGCUGUAAAGAGUGUCCUCCAGAUUUUAUCAGGAUCAGGAAAACCAAUUCCAAACUUUUCCUGUAUGGGACGUAGAAUGUUAUCUGGGUUUAUUGGAGAUCAAAGUUCCAUAACUACUGUUUCCAUGGCACAGAUAUUGGCAGUAUACGGCUACACGCAGAUCAGCUAUGGAGCAACCAGUUAUCUUCUCAGUGACCGCAACCUCUAUCCAACGUUCUACCGCACUGUACAAGGGGACCGAGCCAGUUAUUCUGUGCUAUCAAGUCUGAUCAAGUUCUUUGGCUGGACAUGGGUUGGAGUUUUGGCUUCUGAUGAUGACAGUGGUAAUGAAGAAAUUCAGCUUCUGACAGAACAUCUGACUUCCAAGAGGAUCUGUGUUGCCUACACAAUAAUAUUGAAGUAUUAUAAAUUAGAUGUCUUAUAUGAGAUGAAUAAGAAGAGAGCUGAUAUUAUCAGAAAGUCAUCUGCCCAGGUUAUAAUACUCUGCGGGACAUAUUCUUCAUAUUUAGAUGAACUUUUAGCAGAUUUGAGAGGAGUCAUCAAUGAUAAGACUCUAGUGUUUGGUCCAACAUUUGCCUUAGUUCAAUUUCUACUGGAACAUUACAUGGAUGUAUUUAAUGGAAGUUUGGCCCUUCAACCUUCAUAUCUCCCAAUGCUGGACAUGAGCAGUUUCUAUGACCAUUUCCAGACCAUAAAUUACCCAGAGGACAAGUUACUAGAACAUAUAAUGUUAUUUUGGUUUAAUUGUUUGUCAAGAGAUAGAAAAAUAAAUAACUUAUAUAGUGAAACAUAUAAGAUAUCACUUCUCAACUGUUCUGGGAAAGAACCUAUAACAGAGUUUGAUAGCUUUCACAGCCCAGGACUGACUGAUCGAGUAUAUAAAGCAGUUUAUUCCAUGGCCUAUGCUUUACAUAAUAUGCAUAUGUCCCUUGGUGGGCAGUCUCCCCCCAAAAAACCUCCUUCCUAUGGCUACAGACAUUGGGUGCUUGUAACUGCCAAAAGUUGUCACAGCCAGGGAAGGAAGCCACCCAACAAAGAGAGAAAUGGUUGGCCAGAAACACUCAAAACCACCAGCCAGCAGGAGACCACACAAGACCAGUGCCACCAGACACGCAACCCUUCUGAAUUUGACUUUUUGGAUAUUACCAUUAAAAUAAUUGAUGGACAGUUUACCACUGGUUUGUUUAGAAAGCCUAUGGAUAAGAACACUCUCCUGCUUUCAUCAAGUUUUCAUCCACAACCCAUGAAGAGGGAUCUCCCCUUCUCCCAACAUUUAAAGGCAGCACAAAUAACUUUUGAUAGAAGUAAACUCCCAGGGGCUCUAGACACCAUAGGGAUGAAAUUUGUUGGACAAGGAUAUGAUCUCAAAGAGGAACAAGGUGCUAAUCAGGAAUAUCUUAGUCUCAACAGUGAGGACUUGAUGAGUCCAAAAACAAAGACUGAUGAUUCUACAAGGAUUACACUACAUCGCUAUGUGCGGGAUGAGAGACGUGUGGACGGGGAUCUGGUUUUUAAUAAAAAUGGAGAUUUUGUCACCCCGUAUAAAAUUGUAAAUUGGCUAGCUUUCAAAAAUGGCUCCUUGUUUGUAGUACACGUUGGACGUACAAGGAACGUGGAUGACAAUCACCAGAUUUAUAUUCAGCCGAACAAAAUUGUGUGGAAGAAUGGCAUCAAUGAGAUCAUGAAGUCUCAGUGCUCAGAGAACUGUCAGCCAGGGACCAGGAAAGUGCUGAAAUCUGAUGUAUAUUCCUGCUGUUAUAGCUGUGUCCAGUGCUCUGAGGGGGAAAUAUCCAACGUGAUCGAUAGUGAAAAUUGCCUGAAGUGUGCUGACCACGAGUGGCCCAAUGAGAAGAAGACUCAGUGUGUUCCCAAAGAGUUGGAAUUUCUGUCCUACACAAAUGACACAAUUGUUGACUUAUUCUUAUUAGCAUCUUUUCUGCUUUGCUUUUUGACGUCUUUGAUUCUUAGAAUAUUUAUUUUGCACCGAGACACACCUCUGGUGAAAGCCAAUAACAAGAAUCUGAGCUUCCUCCUCCUAGUCUCCAUCAUGCUGAGCAUUCUCUCUGUGUUCCUGUUCCUUGGACAUCCUGUAGAUGCCACCUGCAUGUUGCGUCAGAUCUCUUUUGGAAUCCUCUUUUCAGGAGCCAUAUCUUGUGUCCUAGGCAAAACUAUCAUGGUUUAUAUUGUUUUUAAAGCCUCCAAACCCCAAAGUCCAUGGAAAUGCUGGAUCAGCACCAAGCUGUCUAAUUGUGUAGUGUUUGUGUGCUCAUCCAUCCAAGUGGUAAUCUGUAUGAGUUGGGUGACUGUCUCUCCACCUUUCCAGGAGCUGGACACUCAUUCUUAUCAGGGAAGGAUCAUUGUCCAGUGUAAUGAAGGUUCUCUUAUUGGGUUUUAUUCUGUCCUGGGAUAUAUGGGAAUCCUGGCAGCCAUUAGUUUUAUUACAGCAUUCUUGGCCAGGACAUUACCGGACAGUUUUAAUGAGGCCAAAUACAUCACCUUCAGCAUGCUGGUGUUCUGCAGUGUCUGGAUCACCAUGAUCCCAGCCUAUCUCAGCUCCAAAGGGAAAUACAUGGUGGCUGUGGAGAUCUUUGCAAUACUAGCUUCAUGUGCUGGACUUUUAGGUUGUAUAUUUUUUCCCAAAUGUUACAUUAUCCUAUGGAGGCCGGAACUAAAUACAAGAAAACAUCUACUUGAGAAAGGAAAUGAUCAUAUGUGUUACUCAUGA